AGCAAGUCGCAACGGAACGGAACAAACACAACAGAGAAGACCGCCGCCUCGCCUUGGCGCAUUGCAUUGCACACCGAGACAAGGAAAGGAUUCAAUUCAAAUCGUUGGCUUCCCCCACCGGGCCACACCACCACACGCUCCCCACCCCAGUUUCCCCACACCAACGCCACACUCUUGAACACCCCGAACUCGCUACAUCCCGGCCUUCUCUCUUCUCGCCGCUCCCCCCGCGCCUGAGGUCGUCAAUUUCCAAAUCCCAAAACCUCCAGCCUCCAAACCUCAGAUCCCCCCGCCCCCCGCACGCCGCGCCUCCGAAAUUCCGAAACCCAAAUCAGAGCGCCGCCCUCCCGCCCCCCGCUGCACACCCCAGGCGGGGGGGGCCAUGCGCCCGCGCGGCGCCGCGCCGCGCCCGCGCCACACCGCUGGAGCCGAGCGGGCGGCGCGCUAGAUGCCUGAGCCCGGCCUCGGCGACCUCGGUCAGCGCCAGCUGCUCAAGGGCUGGCCUGACCUGUGGCUGGUGGGGGACAACAAGCCCGGUGGCCUCCGCGCGCGCUCCAUGGCGGCCGCGCCGCCUUCGCCGCCGCUCGAGCCCGACCAAACCCUAGCGCUCCCGGACGCGCUGCUCCUCCGCGUCCUCGCCUGCCUCCCGGAGCCCCACCUCACGGGCGCCGCCUCGCUGGUCUGCAGGCGGUGGACGCGCCUCGCGGGCCGCCUGCGCCGCCGCCUCGCCGUGCGGGACUGGGCCUUCGUCGCGCACCGCCUGCCCUACCGCUUCCCCGACCUCGCCGACCUCGACCUGUUCCCGGCCUCCAUCGCCGCGCCCACCGCCGCGGCGCCACACGCCUCCCCGCUCCUCACCUGCGGCGCCGUCUCGCUAACCCUAGACGCCAGCGCGGACCCGCCGCUCGGCGCCUGCCGCUUCGUCGACGACGACGCGCUCGACCGGGGGCUCGCCGCCGUCGCCGCGAGCUUCCCCAACCUCCGCCGUCUCUCGGCCACCGCCGCCUCCUCCGAGUCCGGCGGGCUCAUGGCCAUCGCCGGCGGGUGCCCGACGCUGCAGGAGCUCGAGCUCCACCGCUGCACCGACCUCGCCCUCCGCCCGGUCUCCGCCUUCGCGCACCUCCAGAUCCUCCGCAUUGUCGCGGCGGCACCCGCGCUCUACGGCCCCGCCGAGGGCGGCGGCGUCACGGACAUCGGCCUCACCAUCCUCGCCCACGGAUGCAAGCGGCUCGUCAAGCUGGAGCUUCAGGGUUGCGAGGGGAGCUACGACGGUAUCGCGGCCGUGGGGCGCUGCUGUGCGAUGCUUGAGGAGCUUACCAUCGUGGACCACAGGAUGGACGGCGGGUGGCUUGCCGCCCUAGCCUUCUGUGGGAACCUCAAGACCCUGCGGCUGCAGAGUUGCCGCAGGAUCGAUGACGACCCUGGCCCGGCGGAACACCUUGGUGCUUGCCUCACGCUCGAGAGCCUGCAGCUGCACCGGUGCCAGCUGCGUGACCGUAGCGCCCUCCACGCCCUCUUUUUGGUCUGCGAGGGAGCCCGUGAGAUACAGGUCCAGAAUUGCUGGGGCCUUGAAGAUGAUAUGUUUGCCUUGGCUGGCCUAUGCAGGAGAGUAAAAUUCCUGUUGUUAGAAGGGUGCUCACUAUUAACAACUCGAGGUCUAGAAUCAGUGAUAACCUCAUGGAGCGACCUCCAGAGUCUGGAAGUUGUUACCUGCAACAAAAUCAAGGAUGAGGAAAUAACUCCUGCCCUUUCAGAGCUGUUCUCCAAUCUCAAAGAGCUGAAGUGGCGGCCCGACAACAAGUCACUUCUUGCUGCGAGCCUCGUUGGCACUGGGAUGGGAAAGAAGGGCAGGGUAUUUUUCAAAAGGCAGAUCUUACCCGCCCAUCAACGGAUCAAAGGGAAGGUGCGCAACUAUUCAGCAGGUGUUGCUGCUUAGUUCGAUUGCUAGUCGGAAACUAGGCUACUGCACAAAGUUCUUAUUGCUCAGCAGCCAAUUUUCUUGACUUGACCAAAGGCAACCACGCUUCUUGAUACUCAAAACUCAGAAGGACACGUCAUAACUAGUCAGGACCUGGUAGUUUUAUGAUGCACAAUUUCGGGUACCAGGCGCCCCGAUCUUGUGUUUGUACCUGUGUUGUAACUGACAAGCUGAGAUUUGCUCAGAGGAGCCUGACCGUAGUAUUUCUGUAUGAGGAAAAGCAUUGCUUCAUAAAUUAUGGAAGAGUUGAUUAAAUGAAUAGAACCAGCAGAACCACAUGUUUUACAGCACAUGAUUUAACUGUCGAAUGAAAUUUGCCGGCA